AUGCGAGUGCAACGCCCACGGCCGCCUUCUCUGCAUGCGAGUGCAACGCCCACGGCCGCCUUCUCUGCAUGCGAGUGCAACGCCCACGGCCGCCUUCUCUGCAUGCGAGUGCAACGCCCACGGCCGCCUUCUCUGCAUGCGAGUGCAACGCCCACGGCCGCCUUCUCUGCAUGCGAGUGCAACGCCCACGGCCGCCUUCUCUGCAUGCGAGUGCAACGCCCACGGCCGCCUUCUCUGCAUGCGAGUGCAACGCCCACGGCCGCCUUCUCUGCAUGCGAGUGCAACGCCCACGGCCGCCUUCUCUGCAUGCGAGUGCAACGCCCACGGCCGCCUUCUCUGCAUGCGAGUGCAACGCCCACGGCCGCCUUCUCUGCAUGCGAGUGCAACGCCCACGGCCGCCUUCUCUGCAUGCGAGUGCAACGCCCACGGCCGCCUUCUCUGCAUGCGAGUGCAACGCCCACGGCCGCCUUCUCUGCAUGCGAGUGCAACGCCCACGGCCGCCUUCUCUGCAUGCGAGUGCAACGCCCACGGCCGCCUUCUCUGCAUGCGAGUGCAACGCCCACGGCCGCCUUCUCUGCAUGCGAGUGCAACGCCCACGGCCGCCUUCUCUGCAUGCGAGUGCAACGCCCACGGCCGCCUUCUCUGCAUGCGAGUGCAACGCCCACGGCCGCCUUCUCUGCAUGCGAGUGCAACGCCCACGGCCGCCUUCUCUGCAUGCGAGUGCAACGCCCACGGCCGCCUUCUCUGCAUGCGAGUGCAACGCCCACGGCCGCCUUCUCUGCAUGCGAGUGCAACGCCUAUGCCUACGGCGGCCUUCCAUCCCCUUCUGUAAGUUUGCAUUCCGCUUUUGGCUUCCUUCCACCGUCUAAUGCUGUUUGCUUUCUCAUGUUUUUAUCAGACAGCAAGGCAUGGUCGGAGUUGAGGAGAUGGAGGGAGCGCGGUGCGGUGGGGUGCGGUGCCAGCAGACGGCAGCAGUGGAGGGAGGAGGAUGGAGCAGCAGCUGCCACCAGAGACGCCCUACUUUCAGAAGGGAGUCGUGGCAUGGCGGGAGAGGAUGGCAGCAGCAUGAGAGGCGCGGCAGCAUACUCGGGAGGGAGGAUAAAGGCGGGACACGGCAUGGCGGAUUGGAGAGCUGGAGAGGACAGCAGCAGCACGAGAGGCGCGGCAGCGUACUCGGGAGGGGGGAUGGAGGGCGGUUGGCGCGCGGAGGAGGAUGGAGCGCCGUCUGCCACCAGCAACGGCUUCUUUCACAAGGGAGUAUGGGGACGCGGCAUGGCGGAUUGGAGAGCUGGAGAGGACAGCAGCAGCACGAGAGGCGCGGCAGCGUACUCGGGAGGGGGGAUGGAGAGCGGUUGGCGCGCGGAGGAGGAUGGAGCGCCGUCUGCCAUUAGCAACGGCUUCUUUCACAAGGGAGUAUGGGGAUCUGGUGAGGACUGGACAGCCCUGGAGGAGCGGCAAGAGCGCAUGGAGCAGCAUGGUGGCUGCACCACCGCCAGCACCGGGAGUGCCAACACCAGCAGCACCAGCAUGGGGAGUGACAACAGCAGCACGAGGAGUGACAACAGCAGCACGAGGAGUGACAACAGCAGCACGAGGAGUGACAACAGCAGCACGAGGAGUGACAACAGCAGCGCCAACAUCAGCCCCGGCGGCACCAGGCUAAGGGUCCCAAACGAUGGCCUCCACCUCACCGUGGUGUUUGGGUGUAACGUCAGGGGCAACCCUGGCGGCCAAGAGGGGCCCUACCAAGGAAGCAAGGAAGACCCCUCCAAGUGCAAUGGCACUAGCCACCUUCGCGGAAGCAUCAUGGCAUAUGACGCCGAUCAGGAGGCGUUACGCGGCGUCGCGUACGUGCCGCUAGAGAUCGAGGAUCCGCCGGAGCCGGCGAACAGUAGACGUGCGACUGCCAGGGACCCACGCCAACGUUCUUCUACCGGAUUAGGGUUUCGUAGCAAACGUGAUUAUAACGAGUUUCACGAGUUUCAUGAGUUCCAAGCCGCUCUGGACCAGGACAGUCAAGCCCGUACUCCAUCAGAAAGCCGUCUCCAAACCUCAAACCUGCAGCACAGGCUUGGAGCUGCUGAAAUUGACGUACAUCCGAACCUGAACAGCAGGUUCGGUGCGGCCGAGCUUGACGUGCAGCUCGGCCCGCCGGACCUGACAGAGGAGGGAGCGAGAGAAGAAGUGGGCGAAGAUUGGCGAAGAGUUGGCGACGUGGACGGGUUCAUGCGAGGCGUGUACGAGUACUACUGCGGGCGAGGCUUCGUGUGCAUGGUCACGAGUGUGAGUGACGACGUCCCUAUGGCUACCGGUGCUCGUCAACUCUCCGCUCCCAUCCUCCAUUUCCCUCUCGCAAGCUCCCUGGCCUUCACCAUCCUCUUCUCCGCGCUGCUGCUGCUCCUCAUCGACUGGCGCGCGCUCCUCUCGCUCAACUGCUCCGCCGCCUCCGCCGCCGCCGCAGCCGCCGCCAUCUCCGCCGCUCCCCACGCUACUCCCGCUGCUGCCACCAGCGGUGGAUUCGCGGCGACGGGGGCGGGUGAGCGUCCCGCUGUGCGGACACUGGCGGAGACGCGGGGCGAAAGGGAGUGGCGCGAGGGACGUCCGUACGAGCGAGAUGGGGAGAGAAGCACACAGGGUAGGGGUGCAGGGGCAAUGAACGGUGUUGGGCCAGACACGAUUGUAAAUAGUCCUGUAUAUAGAGGCUCAUACGUAGGUGUAUAUAGUGGUGGGGAUGGGUCGAGAGUCGAAGCAGGCGCGCUGCAGGAUGCGAUAAUCCCUGGGGAGCGGAGGAGGAGGCUUGUACAGGGGAGCGCAGCAGAGGAGAGAGUAGCAGCGGGAACGGAAGCAGAGAGGGGGUUAGCAGGGGAGAGGGUAGUGGUGGAGGGGAGAGUAGCAGAGGGCGCAGCAGAGGGUGCAGCAGAGGCGGCGAUGCAUGAAGCGGAGGGGGCAGCGGAGGGCGCAUGCAACGUGCUGAAGCACGCCAUAAGGAGGGACGUGUUCCGGCGUGUGACUGUGUGGGAGGUGACAGUAACGGCGUACCUGGCGCUGCUGUGCCUGUACUGGCUCCUCUGCUUCGCGCACUUUUUCCUGCGCCUCCCCGCGCUGCUGGAAACGCGCGCCCUCUUCCGCCACAGGUGCGUGCUGCGCGUGUACCGCCACAGGUUGCGCCUGUCGGACCAUCAGCUGCUCAUGACGCCCUGGCCCGCCGUGGUGGCGCGCCUGGUGCGCGCGUGGAAUGACGAGGGCGCAGGGGAGAUGGGGGAGAGUGCGGGGGAGCGUGCAGGUGGCGGAGGGGAGGAGGAUUCCAGCGAGGACGAGGAGGAGGGGGAGCAGCCACAGGAAAAGGGAGAGCGGGGUCUGGGGCAAUGGCUGGAGGCAGACGCAGCAGGGGGAGGAGGGAUUUCAGGAAUGGGAGUGGUGCGAGGGAUAGGAGGGCGAGGGGCAGGCAGGAUGUGCGGAGGCAGGGCGCGGGUGGGGGGGCUGUCAGCGUACGAGGUGGCGGCGCGCAUCACACGGCGAGACAACUACCUGGUGGCGCUCGUGGACUCGCGCCUGCUCACUGUGCGCGUGCCUGCCGGGGGGGGACAUGGGGGAUCGGGAAGCACAGGUGCUGCGCUCGCUGCUGCGCUGCUGAGUGCCGUGGGGCCGCUGCUGUCCUUCCACGUGGUGCAUGAGAGGAGGCGGCGCAAGGGAAGGAAGGGGCGAGGGGAGGAGCGAGAGGAGGAGAGGGAGGAGGGGUGUGUGCGGGUGACGGUGCUGAGCAAGACGCUGGAGUGGGUGGUGCACUGGUGUGUGCUGCACCCCUUGCUGGACCGCCACGGUCGCCUGCACAAACACUUCCUGGACGACCCUGCAGCGCUGCGGCAAAGAUUUAUCCUCUCGGGGUGGCUGCUGGCGCUGCUGUCGCCGUUUGUGCUGCUCUUUGUGCUCUCCUUCUUCCUGCUCCGCAAGGCCCACCACCUCUACCAUGAGCCUGCUGCUGCGGGCGUGCGCUCCUGGUCCAACCUCGCUCGCUGGAUGUUCAAGGAGUACAAUGAGGUGGACCAUCUGACCUCGCAGCGCCUGGACGAGGCAUGCCCGCGCGCGGACGAGUACCUGGCGCAGUUCCCCUCGCCGCUGCUCGCCCUGGCCGCCAAGCUCCUCUCCUUUGUUGCUGGCUCCUUGGCUGCUCUGCUGCUCGCCUUGGCUCUCGCGGAUGAGAAGCUGCUGGAAGCGCAGCUCUUUGGGCGCGGCCUGGUGUGGUACGCGGCCAUACUGGGCGCGGUGCUGGCAGCAGCACGGCCGGUGGCGCAGGCGGACAGGGCGGCGGGCAGUGUGGAUCCCAAGGGCGCGCUGCUGAGGGCCGCAAGGCACACACACUUCCUGCCCACCCGGUGGCGCAGCAAGGCGCACACACAGAGAGUCAGGGACGAAUUUCAGACGCUCUACCAGGUGAAAGUGUGUUGUGUGGGGCGUGUGCUUUCUGAAGCCGCUGCUCUUCCUCGCGGACGUGCUCGCCAUCUUCACCACGCCGCUCAUGCUCUGGUUCAUCCUGCCCCAGGUAUUGCCUCCCCCCGCCCUGCUACAUUCCUCUUCCUGCCCCCUCCAUCCCACUGUUUCCCUCCAUCCCAUUCUUCAUCCCUCCCUUUCCCCAUCCGGCUCCUCGUAUCCACCCGAACUCCGUCUCAUAUGACUGCCGUCACCUCUCGUCACCUUUCUCGUCUUAGUCUGCCCUUGUCUACCCCAUCGGCCCACCUGCCAAUCCCGCAGAGGGCGGACGCCAUUCUCGCCUUCCUGCGCACCGCCUCCACGUACCAGGAGGGGCUGGGCCACGUGUGCUCCCACAGUGCGUUCCAGUCACAGGGGGAGCGGCGUGCCAGCAGCAGCGGGAAGAGUGCAUGGAAUGCGGAUUCCAAGGGUGAUGAUGGCGCAAGCGACAGUGGCCAAGGGGGAGCCCCACUCACCUCUCCUCAUCCCGCCAACCACCCACUGACAGCCCUCUCGCACCCACCACUCUUGCCUUCCCCGCUCCCCACCCUCAUUGCCACACAGAUCACCGUGCUGCCUCCACCCCCCCAUCCCCUCUCCCUGCUCUCGCUUCCCCACCACCGCAUUCACCGCAAGCUCUCCUUGCCCCAGUGGCCACUGCAUACGCUGCCCCUCUGCAAUCACCCUCUCACUGUCACCACCCUGUACAGUCACCAUUAA